AGUCUGCAGGGUUUAGUUUGGCACCAGAAGAGUUAAAAUGAGUGACACUGAGGAUGAUAAUGAGAUCUCCUUUCCUGUAAAGUUUCUGGGCCGAGUGGAGGUGGUCCGCCCUGAUGGACUACAGGUCCUAUCUGAAGCCGUUCAGAGCCUAAAGACACCAGAUACAUUCUCCUCAGAAAAAGCAGCAAGGAAGAGCAAAGUCCAUCUCUUCCUGUCGCUGGGCGGGAUAGACAUUUUGGAAAACAAAACUAAGUUUUUGUUGUACUCGUGUCCUCUGUCCACCAUCUCCUUCUGUGCCGUCAUGCCGUCUUCACCCAAAGUCUUUGGAUUUGUGGCCAAACACCCUGCGGCUGACAUGAACCACUGCUAUCUGUUCCAGAGCAAGACUUUUUCCCACGUGCUGGUGUCAGUGAUCGGUGAAGCCUUCAGAGCUUCUAAGAAGGAGGAGAACAUCCGGGGAGGAAGAGACCUGAUAGUGGAAGCUCUCAGACAUAAGGUCAGCUCUACUUGGCAUUUUCUGCUCAGUUCAGGUCUUUCCAUUUACUUUGUCAUAAUGUUGAAUUGAUUUUAUUUCAUGUUUCUCAGUUUCCCUUCAUGGCAGAACUGAAAGAGUGUUGAGCAGUGAAUGGUGCCGCGUCUUUUUCAUUCAUUUCUUUUUAUUUUCAGAAUAAAAUGCUGCAAAGAGAGAACGAUGAGCUGAAGAGGAGGCUUGCAGGACAGAUAAACUGAUGAACUCUACCAAUAUUUGUGGUUGCACUUAUGCACACAUUGUAUAUGUGCACAACAUUUAUAACACGGAAACUACUGUCCUGUUAUACACGCUUUACUGUUAAAUGUUCCAGCAGGAUGAGGAAGGAAGGAUGUAAAUGAAUAAAACACUAAAUUACUUUAAAAAGACACUAAAUUACUAAAAGAAAGACACAAAAUUACCAAAAAAAAAGACACAAAAUGACUGAAAAAACACUAAAUUACAUUAGAAAUACACAAAAUGACAGAAAAAAGACACAACAUGACCACAAAAUACACAGAAUUACAAAAAAAUGACACAAAAUGACCAAAAAGACACAAAGUGACUGAAAAAACACGUAAACUACUGUCCUGUUAUACACGCUUUACUGUUAAAUGUUCCAGCAGGAUGAGGAAGGAAGGAUGUAAAUGAAUGCACACACACACUUCUGAAAAUAAUAAUAAUAAUAAUAAUAAUAAUAAUAAUAAUAUAAAUGUCCUAAUUUUAUAAUUAUACAGGUGCAUCUCAAUACAUUAGUCAAGUCAAGUCAAAGUUUAUUUAUAGAGCACAUUUAAAAACAACCUCAGUUGACCAAAGUGCUGUACAGAUAUUAAAAUACAAUAAAAAUCAUACACAAAUAUAGUUAUAAAUAAAAACAAUGAAAACAAUAAAAUACUAAAAACAGUAAAACAAUAAAAUGGUAAUACAAACGCAAUCUAAAAAAAAAAAGAGUUAAAAAAGAAAAUAAAAGAGUCAAAUAAAUAAAAUAAAUAAAAUAAUGACCUAAGCGCUCUGGAAGUACUGUGGGGUUUUAAAAUCUCUGACAAAUAAGACAGUCCCAGACCAUUUAAACACUUAAAAACAAUUAAUAAAACCUUAAACUGAACCCUAAAAUUUACAGGUAGCCAGUGCAUUAGAAUAUGAUGAAAAAGUCAAUUUCCUGCAGUUCAAGUCAAAGAGCCCCAACCAAGCAUUGAGUCAUAUAGAUGACAUACUUUUCAGAAACCAAAAUUUCCAUAUUAAACAUACUUUUUAAAAUUGGUCUUUUGUAAUAUUCAAUUUUUUUUUGAGACACUGAAUUUUAGGUCUUCAUUAAAUGUAAGCCAUAAUCAUUAUAAUUAGAAGAAAUUAAAUAAACUAAGACAUGAAAUGUUUGAUUCUGUGUGUAAUGGAUCUAUAUAAUGUGUUAUUUCGACUUUUUGAAUUGAAUUACUGACAUAAAUAAACUUUUCUAUGCUAUUCUAAUUAAUUGAGAUGGAUCUGUACCUUUAAAUUGUAAAUGCGCAUCCAUACCAGCAGAGGGCAGCAGUAAGAAACCAAGAACUACAUGGUGAGUUCAAAUGCUGUCGGGAAUAUUAAUGUAAUUAUUUUUGCCUUCGUGAAGAACCAGUCUUUUCAUAUGACAGUCGACUUUUGCUGUUUGACUUGUAAUAGCUCUUAAGAACUGUGAAUUUAUUUCAGAAAGUAAUGAGAGAAUAAUUAUUGUAACUGUUCAGCAACUGGACAAUAAAUCAAUAAAUCAAACCUG